AUGCUGGAGUCUCAUGGUGCUGGUGGAAAGGCCAGGAUCCUGAAGAAGGGCCAGUGCCUGGGCACGGACCAGAGCUCAUGCACAGUGUGGCAUGUCCAACCAUUAUUCCCUAAGUGGCCCUGGAGACCCCUCUGGAGCCCCUCCCACACCUUCCCACUAACCCCUUGACCAGAAGGCUGGAUUUUGCAAUGGAAGUGGACUUGCAGGCAGAGGACAGCUUUGCACUGUCCCUUUGGUUGACUCAGGUUCCUUAGAGGGAGCCCUCUCAACCAGAUACCCAAUGAGGUACAUCAGAAGGCUUCUGCUAUGCAGCUGCCACAGAUAGGGAGAGAGCAAAGCAGGAACAAACCAACAUCUGCACUAACUAAAGCACGUGGCAGACACCAGAAGUCAGAAAUCUUCAGAAUGUAUUUGUGAAGUUACUUUUGGAAUGCAAGUGAAGGACCUUCCAUUUUGGGUGGAUUCACCAUGGUCAAGCUACCCCAUGCUAGCCUUUUGAGAGGUCCUGGUUCUCAGUUCC